AUGAGUCUCACAUUUGACGAGUUUGGAAAUCCUUACAUUAUUAUUCGUGAGCAGGAAAAGAAACAGCGUGUCAAGGGCUUGGAGGCAAUUCGUGCGAAUAUUCUGGCUGCUCGAACUCUGUGCUCUAUUUUAAGAACCUCUCUCGGACCCAAGGGUAUGGAUAAGAUGCUGGUGAGCCAAGACGGAGAAGUAACGAUCACAAACGAUGGAGCGACCAUUAUGAAGAACAUGCAAGUGGAGCACCAAGUGGCCAAGCUGAUGGUCGAACUUUCCCAAUCUCAAGACGACGAAGUGGGCGACGGAACCACGGGCGUGGUGGUCCUCGCCGGAGCCAUGCUGGAAAAGGCUCAAGAGCUUCUCGACAAGGGCAUUCACCCGGUCAAGAUCGCGGACGGGUACGAGCAGGCCUGCAAAAUCGCCGUGGAGCAUCUGAGCAAGAUCGCGACGACGAUCGACUUCACGGAGACGAACAUCGAGCCCUUGGUGGAAGUGGCCUUGACCACUCUCUCCUCCAAAAUCGUGAAUAAAUUCAAGCGGCAGAUGGCCGAGAUCGCCGUGCGCGCCGUGCUCUCGGUCGCCGAUCUGCCCCGUCGCGACGUCCGCUUCGACCUCAUCAAACUGACCACGAAAACGGGCGGCAAGCUGGAGGACACGUGUCUGAUUAACGGGCUGGUUCUGGACAAGGGAUUCUCGCACCCGCAGAUGCCGAAAGAGCUCAAGAACGCGAAGAUCUGCCUGCUGACGUGUCCGUUCGAGCCGCCGAAGCCGAAAACGAAGCACGAAGUGGAGAUCAAAUCGGGCAAGGACUUGAUGGAUCUGUACGAGCAGGAGCAGAACUAUUUCCGCAACAUGGUGAAGCUGAUCAAGGACAGCGGCGCCAAUCUCGCCAUCUGCCAGUGGGGCUUCGACGACGAGGCCAAUUCGCUGCUCUACCAGAACGGAAUCCACGCCGUGCGCUGGGUCGGCGGGCUCGAAAUGGAGGCGCUGGCGAUCGCGACGGGCGCCAAGAUCGUGCCUCGCUUCGAGGAAUUAUCGCCGGACAAGCUGGGCUUUGCCGGGUGCGUCCGGGAAGAGCCGGUCGGGACGACGAAGGAGUCGCUGCUGGUGGUGGAGGAGUGCAAGAACAGCAAGACGGUGACGGUGUUGAUCCGCGCAGGGAACGACAUGAUGGUGCAGGAGGUGAAGCGAUCGUUGUGGGACGCGAUUUGCGUGACUCGCAAUCUGAUCAAGGACAACAAAAUCGUGUAUGGAGGCGGCUCGGCGGAGCUGGCGUGCUCCAUUGCGAUCGAGGAGUUCGCGGCGACGGUGGGAGGGAUGGAGCAGUACGCGUACCGAGCGUUCUGCGAUGCGCUGGACGACAUUGCGGUCGCUCUCGCGGAGAACAGCGGACUGCCCUCCAUGGAGAUUGUGUCCUACCUGAAGAAGUGUCAGAGGGAGCAGGGAAAGCCGUGGCUGGGCGUGGACUGCAUGGGAAAUGGGAGCAAUGAUAUGAAGGAGGCGCAUGUCAUCGAGACGUUGAUCUCCAAGCAGCAGCAGUUCCAGUUGGCUACCCAGUUGUGCAGAAUGGUGCUGAAGAUUGACGAUGUGAUUUCGCCAAGCGAUCUAUAG